AUGGCGCGCAUCUUCAUCACGGGAUCAUCAGACGGCCUGGGCUCUCUGGUAGCCAAGCGCCUCGUCGAGAGAGGCCAUUCGGUAGUCCUGCACGCCCGCAACGAGCAACGCGCCAAAGACGCCAACGCCGCAUGCCCCGGUGCAGAGACCGUCGUGACCGGCGACCUCUCCAGCAUAUCCGAAACCAAAGACAUUGCCAACCAAGUCAACAAGCUUGGUACAUUCGACUGUGUCAUCCACAAUGCCGGCCUAUAUCGCGGGCCUAUCCGCAAGACAAGCGAUGGCAUACCCGCACUUGCAGCUGUCAACUCACUGGCACCAUACAUCUUGACAGCGCUCAUCAACCGGCCCAAGCGCCUUGUCUUCCUGUCUUCUGGCCUGCAUUACAGCGCCUCGACCAACAUGGACGACCCUCUCUGGCUCCAGCGGGGCGAGAGCCAGUACGAUGAGAACACAGCGUACUGUGCGAGCAAGCUGCACAACGUUCUUUUCGCAAAAGCAAUUGCGCGCCGCUGGCCUGAUGUCACGGCCAGCGCUCUAGACCCCGGGUGGAUGCCGACCAAGAUGGGUGGCGAAAGUGCCUCUGGCAAUUUCGAAGACUCGAUUGCGAGCUAUGUCAUGCUUGCGGAAGGGGAGGAGGCGGCGGCGAAGAAGAGCGGGUCUUACUUCACGCCGGGUAAGAAGGAAGAAAAACCACAGGAGGUGGCUGGUGAUGUGAGUGUCCAAGACAAGCUCUUGAAGGCAUGUGAGGAGUUCUCAGGCGUGAAGCUUGCCUAG